GAUCCUCAAGAUGGCUGCCUUGUUGUUGAGAUAUGCUGGCCGUCAUUGCCUCCGUGCCCACCUAAGCCCCAGACUCUGUAUCAGAAAUGCUGUCCCUCUGGGAACAACAGCUAAGGAAGAGAUGGAACAAUUCUGGAAUAAGAACACCAAUUCAAAUCGUCCUGUGUCUCCUCAUAUCACCAUUUACAGUUGGUCCCUGCCUAUGGCGAUGUCCAUUUCCCACCGAGCCUCUGGUAUUGCUUUGAGUGCAGGAGUAUCCCUUUUUGGAUUGGCAGCUUUGUUGCUCCCUGGGAAUUUUGAAUCUCACAUGGAGCUUUUAAAGUCCUUGAGCCUAGGACCAGCUCUGAUCCACACAGCCAAGUUUGCUCUUGUUUCCCCACUUAUGUACCACACCUGGAAUGGAAUCCGACAUUUGACGUGGGACCUAGGGAUAGGCCUGAAGAUUCCUCAGCUCUACCAGUCUGGAGUAGUUGUCUUGAUUCUCACUGUGUUAUCCUCUAUUGGACUAGCAGCCAUGUGAAGGGAAGACAUAUCUUCCAUCCCCUCCAAUGAAGGAUUGAGUUUGCCUUCUCUGUUUCCUUUGGCCACCCCUUUCUUCUGGCCAGGCAGGGCAGAACCUUUCUGUUUUGCUUAGAUCUCAUUAUGUUUGAAGAACUCCUUAAAAGUCUGGGUCAUGAGUAUUGGAGCUGUGGGAGAGUUUCCAAUACUUUCCUCCCUAGAGAAAGCUGCAUGAUAAGAAACUCUUCCUCUUCUCCUCUCCAUGCCCUCCUACUUCAUCCAACUACUUUUCUUGCUCUGGGUUUGCCCUCUUUCCUCGGGCCUCCGAAGCCUCUCUCCACAUUGGGUUUUGAUUUGUGCUAAGGGUCAGCUGUUGACUGCCCUAUCCUGAAACAGUAAAAACAAUGCCAGCACUGUGGCCUCUGCCUUUGGGUUGGGGAGAAAGGCUUCAAGUGCCAGUGGCCGUGGGUUGCUGGCUUAAAGGACAAGGCUGCCCAUUGGAAAUGGCCCAGAGUCCUAAACCACCCACACUUCAAGAGAAAAGGGAACCAGCCUGUCUGGGUGGGUGUAGGGAGAGAAGGAAGGAGGGUAAGUUGACUCCCUGGAGGUCGAAGAUGCUCUGUGGAGAGAGGGCAGACCACUUUCCUGGCCCAAGGGAAGGAUUCAGAAGAUUCUUGGUCAGCACAUCAGGAGUUCUUUCUUUUCCUGGCACUUAGAGAAAAACCUCUUAAUUUCAUAUUUUCCAAUCAGGAUUCAUGUGACAUCUUUUUCUGUAGUUAAAUUAAAAUCAUCCACCAUGUCUCUUUGAAAAAUCUCCUUUAUCUAGAGAUAAAGAAUGAGAGCUGGGGAGAUGCCAACUGUUUUUACCCUCUAGCCAGGAAAGCAUUUAUUCUGUGAAGUUUUUCACAUUAAAUGAAAAAAAAAAAUACAGCAUGAUAUUAAGCCUCAUGUAGCAGGUAGCUCCAAGGAUUGAAGCAGGAGGGAAAAGAGUCCUAAUUUGCUACAGGUCUCCAAACUCUGUUAAAGACUAUGGUCUCUCUCAUAUUUUUGUUAUGAAAACAAGGUCCAGGGAAAUGA